UUGUAGCCUUCAGUGUGUGUGCAGAUUCCAAUCGGAGGAGCAGGAGGUUUACUGGGAGGCGACGGGAAAAGACGUCCUCUCGGGUGGCGGUGACAUCAUCAGGGUCGGGAGGGCGUUUGAGGGGCGGGUCAGUUUCCUCAGGGAUCGUGUCGACUCCAAGGACUUUUCCCUCGUUCUGACUGACGUGAUGCUGAACGAUGAAGAUGUAUACGAGUGUUUCUCGUCGGAUAGGAAGCCCGUUUGCGUUGUAUUCCUGAAAGUGUUGACAGAACCAGAGUCGUUCCCUGAUCAUGUGGAAGCUUCUGAGGGCGAGGAUAUCACCUUGGACUGCGUUGGGAAUAUCCCGAAAUCUAAACCGUGGGAAGACAUCUACAUCCAAUGGCUGAAAGAUGACAAAGAGAUUCUGCGGUUGAGCUCUGGAAAGAUGGACGUCAGUAUCGAUUCAAGCUUCUUGGCAUUGCCACCCAAGCACAACAUCUCUCGCGGUGUCCUCUCACUGACCAUUCAGUCGGUCAGUGUUUCCGACCAGGGCGUUUAUAAGUGCCGUUACAAGAGCAUGGAUUACGAGGAGCCGAGGAGCGGAUUCCCGGAGAGGCACACGCUCACUGUUUGGGCUAUGUCUUCAGGGAUGACAGACCCCACGGACUCAUUCUCUAGUGUCAGCUUGACCUCUCACACACACACUCACACAAGUGUGCCAGCUUGGACGACUGUUGCGAGCACUCCGACUGAAGCGGGCCGCACGACACCGACACACACACAUGCUACGACAGCUCAGACUGAAAUGGACAUCAGUGUGCCCACACACACAGAUGCUGUCAGCACUCAAACUACAGCGAGCAGCGCAGCACCAACACACACACACACCGAGAGAGCUGAAGGUACUGCUACUGAUCAUAUCACUAAUAACAGUCAAUACAUGUUAAUCAAUGACUGAUUCUUUUCAUAUAAUGUUGUUGGUGACAGAUGUAUCCGCCUUCCCCGAGGCCGGCACCGUUUCUGGUCAUUGUGACCCUCUGGAGCUGAUCUCGGAUCAGGAGAUCCCCUGGAUCCGCAUCGGACUCAUCACUGGAGUUCUGCUCGUCACUGUCGUCGUUCUGGGAUUAUUACUGACGUUUGGAAGAAUCUGAUUUAUCAUCAAGUUAUUAACGUUCAAGGCAUUUCCAUUGCAUUUUUUUGUGAGCUGUGAAAAAGUUGGUUCAUUUUUUAAUAUAAAUACCUUUUCUUAUUUGUGGAGCACAAACUGUUUACUUGCAGGACUCAAUACUAUUUAAUACUUAAAGGUUCGCCUUAGUUUUUUGUUUUAUUUUUUC